UUCACUUUUAUUCAUGGUCUGUCCCGGUAGGGUUGAAGUCUCCUCGCAAUCCGGUGUAGGUGACAUCUGAAAACAUACCCUCUGGGAAUGUAUGAUUUUUACGACAUUCUACCCUUACUCGGAAGAUAAUUAACACGCGGAUAUUUUUUUGUCACGCAGCCAGCACUGAAAACGAAUGGGGAUUGAAUUGCUUUGCCUCUGUUUCCUAUUUCUGCAGAGAAAUAACUGUGUGCAAGGGACCUGUACUCAGGAAAGCGCAGUGACUUGUGAAGAUUGUUUGCUUUCCGGACCACACUGCGCUUGGUGUUUUCAAGAGAAUUACACGGACUCGGCUGGAAUUCAUGGGAGGUGUGAUACCCCCGAAAACCUUUUGUCAAAAGGAUGCCAGUUGAAUUCGAUUGAAUUUCCCAUUUCAGAAGUAGAAAUUCACAGAAACAAGCCCCUAACUCUAACGACCCAGAAGAACAAUUCUGAUGUCACACAGAUUUCUCCUCAAAAAUUAACUCUCAGGCUACGACCAGGACAUGAAGAAACAAUACAGAUCAAGGUUCGCCAAACUGAAGAUUAUCCAAUCGAUCUCUAUUACUUGAUGGAUCUUUCAGCCUCCAUGGAUGAUGAUCUGAAUACAAUCAAAGAACUGGGUUCAACUCUUUCCAAAGAAAUGUCAAAACUGACAAGCAACUUCAGGCUGGGGUUUGGAUCUUUUGUUGAAAAACCGGUUUCACCAUUUAUCAAAACCACAGCUGAAGAAAUAAACAAUCCUUGCAGAAGCGUGCCAUACGAGUGCUUACCCACCUUUGGAUACAAACAUGUUUUGCCACUAACGAAUGAUGCUGAAAAAUUCAAUGAAAUUGUGAAAGGACAGCGAAUCUCUGCUAAUAUAGACACUCCAGAGGGAGGAUUCGAUGCAAUUAUGCAGGCAGCUGUUUGCAAGGAAAAAAUUGGAUGGAGGAAUGAUUCUCUACAUUUGCUGGUGUUUGUGAGUGAUGCCGAUUCUCAUUUUGGGAUGGACAGUAAACUGGCAGGGAUUGUUAUUCCUAAUGAUGGGAACUGUCAUUUGGACCACAAUAAUGAAUAUUCCAUGUCAACAGUUCUGGAGUAUCCCACAAUUGGACAAUUAAUUGACAAACUUGUGCAAAACAAUGUUUUAUUAAUUUUUGCUGUAACGAAUGAGCAAGUUCACACAUACGAGAACUAUGCAAAGCUUAUUCCUGGAGCUACGGUUGGACGACUACAGAAGGAUUCUGGAAAUAUUCUCCAGUUGAUCAUUGCUGCUUAUCAGGAGCUGAGGUCUGAGGUGGAGCUGGAGGUUUUGGGAGACACGGAAGGUCUCAAUCUCUCUUUCACAGCCAUCUGUAACAAUGGGACCCUUUUUCCACGUCAGAGGAAAUGCUCUCAUGUGAAAGUGGGAGACACGGCCUCUUUCAACGUGACUGUGAGCCUCUCCUCUUGUGAAAAAACCAGAAGGCAUAUUGUGAUAAAACCAGUGGGGCUCAGUGACACGCUGGAAAUGGAAAUUCAUCCCCAAUGCAGCUGUAGCUGCCAGGCGGAGGCUGAGAAGAACAGCCCAAAAUGCAACAAGGGUAAAGGAUCGCUGGAGUGCGGGGUGUGCGUCUGCAGCCCGGGGUACGUGGGGCCGCACUGCGAAUGCCACGAGAGCUCCCUGGGCACCAGCUCCUGCAAGGGCUCGGCAGAGCAGAGCUCCUGCAGCGGGAGAGGCGACUGCUACUGCGGGCAGUGCGUCUGCCACCCAUCCCUCUACGGAAAGGUGUACGGGCCACGCUGCGAGUGCGAUGACUUCUCCUGUGUGAGGCACAGAGGGCUCCAGUGUGGAGGCAACGGUGACUGUGACUGUGGGGAAUGCCUGUGCCACAGCGGAUGGACUGGUGAAUACUGUAAUUGCACGACUGACACCAGCGCUUGCACUGCUGAGGAUGGGACGCUGUGCAGUGGCAGAGGCGAAUGCGUCUGCGGGUCGUGCGCUUGCACCCACCCGGGGGCUUCAGGCCAAACGUGUGAAAAAUGCCCUCUCUGCGGUGACCCUUGCAGUUCCAGGCGGAGCUGUGUGGAAUGUCACUUGGCUUCCGAUGACAAGUCACCGGGAGAAUGCAGUGAAAAAUGCAAAUUGGUUGAUGCAACUGUCAGCACUGCAGAAGAUUAUUCGGAGGAUAAAUCCAUUCCCUGCUCUUUGCAGUGGGAAAAUGAAUGUAUAACCACAUUUCUACUGGCUAUGGAUGAACAGGGGAGGACAGUCAUUCAUAGCAUAGAACAGAAAGAUUGCCCACAGCUUCCAAAUAUCCCAAUGAUAAUGGUGGGCGUCACCCUUGCCAUCCUUCUCAUUGGCAUUGUUUUACUUUGUAUAUGGAAAUUACUGGUGUCAGUUCAAGACCGAAAAGAGGUGGCCAAGUUUGAAGCAGAAAAAUCAAAAGUGAAAUGGCAAACGGAAACAAAUCCACUGUACAGAGGCUCAACAACCACUUUUAAAAAUGUAACUUACAAGAACCAAGAAAAGCAAAAAGGGCCCAUGGCUGCAGAUUUCUAUUAGCACUCCGACACUACAAACUUAGUUUUACCGGCAGGAAGUCUAAAAGCACUUGUUUCUUCUCAGCUGGUUAUGUGGUAUGUGUUUGCACGUUGCAGUGGUAUAAUCAUCUGUUAGAGAAAAUAUAUCUUGUGUUGGGAAAACUAUAGAUAGUGGUAAAGUUUACUAGAAAUAUUACCCCUCCCCCCCAACUUUAAUAUUAAAGCCCCCCAUCUUAAACAAAUAGCAUCACAAAUAUUUUUAAUUUUCUCAUCAAUACUGAGGAUUAAAAAUUAUCAUAUGUAAGCCUAUAUUUGUGAAAUUGGGUACAUGCAAUGAAUUGUAUAUUGCUUUGUUCAUAAAUACAAUCCCAUAUAUUUGUGUUUAGGAAUGUAUUUGUACCAGCCUAUUUGGUGGGCUGGUUUAAAUUUAAAAAGAUACCUUUUCAUGAAUGUUGCUUAAGCUACUGAGGUUAGAGGUUCCGCAUAUCACCUGUGUCACCAAAUACUUUUUCAUCAAGACAAGUAGUGUUACUGCCUAUCUUCUGUGUAUCUAAGGUAUAGAGAAACACCUCCUCUCUAACUCUUCUUCCUUGUCCUUUUUCCCCCUCUUUCCUUGUCCUUGUUGCUGUUUGAUAUUCUUUAAGAACCUGAUCCCUGGGGUUAUCUCAGGGAAAGCUGGGAAAGUUACACCAAUCCCUUACUCACUUGCAGAGUUGUUUUCUGUUACAGGCAUAGCCUGCUUUUUUCCCCCCUUUUUUUUUUCUCUUUCCUCUAAAUUCUAGUAGAGAGGAUCCAGAGCAAAAGAGGAAUAUUUGUAAAUUAGAGACUCUAGUGGAGAAACUUUAAACCAGAGGAUUACCAGAACUGCAUUUUACCAUUUACGUCCUCUUUAGGCACUCAAAAUAAACCUCGCAUGCUGGACCAUUACAUGAAUUGUUGCAGGAGCUCUUUAGAUGAGGGAAAAGUUCAUACACAAAGACUUAGUAUCACACACAAAGACAGUACUCUUUUGUUGAUAUAUCCAAAAUUGUGAGGUUCUUUUAAUGCCCAGCAGCCAAACCAUUUAUUCACGUAUGAAAUAAUGCAUUCAGCAAUUUUUUUUAAACUAAGCAACAAAUAGAUGUAUGGAUUCCAUUUCAUAUUAAUUUCUAUAACACUAAUGAGGAUUUUAAAGUCUCAGUUUUAGCUUGUUACUAAAGACUUGCCAUAAAUUCUUAAAUUGUAAUGCUGUUGUCAUGCACAGCACUAGGAAAAAAAAAAAGCCCUGACAACAUCAGCUAACAUGCUGGCAUGAAAAAUUACAACAUCAGGCUCUUUUAAGCUAACAAUAAUUUACUUUACUUUUUAAUAUCACUUUUCCUCUGCAUUUUUUAGUACCCUGGAACAGAUGGUCAAAAUGUACAUAUGAAUGUACUUAAAAAAGACGACGUAGAAACCAAAGGUACAUUGACACAGUCACAGACAAACAAUUAUGUACAUUUUCUACGGUAAAUCAUGGACUUGAUUUGAAAAACUUGAUGUCUGUUUUCUAAUAAAUAUUUACAAAGUCUGUGCAACUUCAGUCUCUAUAUCCUCUGCAGCUCCUGGAUGCGAGACUGAUCUAUUAGCUAGCUCUGACCCAUGCCUGUUUUAGGGCCUGAUCCAAAGCCUACUGGAGUCAAUGGCUACAGAUGAGGAUCUAGUUUCAAUGAAACUAUUAGUUUUCGUUUACAAAGAUUGUUUUGUUUAAACAAACUGGUUAAUGCUGUCUUUUAGUGGAUUAGAACCUAUAGAAUAUAUUUCUGUGCAAAAAGAAAUAAACAGUAUCAGAUGCCUUUGGGAAGAAGGUGAUGCUAUAACCACGUUUUACAUUCAAAAAGAUUGCAGUGUGAAGGAAAUGACGGCUGUCGUUAGACUGGAACAGAUUAAUUACAGGUUCGCAUCUGUACUCUUCAGUAUUCCUGCACAUCUCACAGUGGGAACUGUGCACAGACAAAGGCCUGCAUCCGCAGCCCUUCCAGCCCACUUCCAACCCCUUCCAACCACUAGACUCACACAGAUGUCAGUGCAAGUUACACGUGGGACCAAAUCCUGUUUUCCUGGCACACGGAUAAACUCACAGGAGGCAAAGCUGGCCCCCGGAUCCUGUCUCAGAUUCUACUUAAGUCAGGAUUGCCUAAGGGCCCAGGGAAAUGUGGAUUUAGCCCAUGUAAAUUAUCUGUUACUCUUCUUUGUUUUUCAUGUAGAAGUUAUCAAAUGACAAACUUUCUCUGAAAAAAAAUGAAAAUAUUUAAAUUACUUUUAAAGUAAUAAAAAUCUGUACUGUUUAUUAAAUACCUUUUAAGUUCUGUUUCUGAGAAGGCUGAUUCUCCUGCUUAAUAUUAGGGUUCUUCUCUAGGUCACCCAUUUCAAUAUUGAACUACAUUUCAGUAUUCAGAUGUUGUUAACAAAGUGGUGUUCAUAUUUCAUAUCAAACACUUGGUGGUCUACAUUCCCUGUUAUUACAGGAGAUUUCAUUUCACAAAGCUACUCACUCUCUUCCUAUCGCUUGCAUCCUCUAAUCGUCAGCAAAGACCCAAUUUGGUAUGUAGGCAAUGUUUACAGUCCAAUUAAUCUUCUUAAUUGUAAAAGAUGUACAGAAAUCAGGCAGUAUAAUUUUCCCAUUUCCUUUCUGUGAUUGACUGUACUAUAAAUGUUCUGUGCACCUUCAAAAUCGUCAGGAUGGAAAUCAUUCAAAUAAGGAAGAAUUCAUCAGAAGAGAGAAAAUAGAAGAGCUUGGUGAGAAAGGUCUCUGUUAUUGAGGGACAUCCAAGAACCAGGCUCAUUCGUACGAGCCAUUCUUUUAACAGCAUUAAUUUAGAUCGUAAUUUUUGACUAAAGCCCCAGAUUUCAAGAACUUUCAAGAUCUUACUUGGCAUUCACCCUAGAAACAAGAGUUGUGUUCAUCUUUUUUUAUUAACUGUAUCGUUUUUAUCUUGUAGCAUUUGUACCAAAGUUCAUUUUUUUCCUUUUUUUUUUCUCCAUAAAAUUAUGAGUGGGGUUUUGUGUGGUGAGUGGGAUGAAAAAGUCUUUCUGCUGAUUUCAUGAAUAUUGUUUUGACCUGAGGCUGGACCUUGAGAGUGGCCAAAACAUUUUUGAUAGUAAUGCUUCUAUUCACUGAAGAGUUAAACUAAAUAAAAGGAUAAUCAUUAGCAAAUUUAUGGUAUUUGUGUAUCUUUUACAACCUGUAGAAUGGUAAUUUCAGUAAUGAAUGUUAAAUGGAUAAAUUUUAAUUUGAUUUGUAAAAGUUUCACGUUAACCUGUACUGUAUAUGUUCAGACUUCAUUCAACUUUAUUGUGUAAUAUAAGUUGUGGGUAAUGAGCCUGGGAACCAAGGCUCGGAUGUCAAGUGCAAUACUCUCCACGUGUUGUCUACCUUAUACACACAUCCAAGUUUGUUUUGCAGUGGGCAUAAGGGAACUAUUGCCCCACAAAACCUAUCACACACAAUUUGAAAUUAAAGACAGAUAAUUUUUAUCUUUGUCUGUUUGCCACAACUUGUUUCUGUAGAAAAGGAAUUGCUUAACUUUGAAUAAAGAUUGUAAAAUUGAAUGCAUU